CACCGAUCUCCCCAAUGAGGGCGGCCUUUGGCUUUUCUUUUGUCAUACCUCUCAAACUUAUUUCACUCCCUCUUCUUCUUUUCCUAUAAUAUAUAUACUACUAUAUUCCUCUCUCUCUCUCUCACACACAGAUUUACUCUAUGCUUUUAAAAUUCAUUAAUGCAAUGGCUAUUGAGUGCAUCACAAACAUACCCUCCAUGCCUCACCCACCAAAAGAAGAACACAAUGAGCAGCAAAAGCAACUAGUUUUUGAUGCCUCAGUGCUCAAACACCAACAACACAUACCAGAGCAGUUCAUAUGGCCAGACGAGGAAAAGCCUUGUGCCAAUGCACCAGAGCUUGAAGUUCCCCUUAUUGACUUAAAAGGGUUCCUCUCUGGUGACCCAACUGCUGCAAUGGAAGCCUCCAGAAUUGUUGGCAAGGCUUGCGUAAAGCAUGGAUUUUUUCUUGUUGUCAAUCAUGGUGUUGAUGAUAAGCUAAUUGCUGAUGCUCACCAAUACAUAGACCACUUCUUUGAGUUGCCCAUGUUAGCAAAGCAGAGAGCACAGAGGAAAGUUGGUGAGCACUGUGGUUAUGCUAGUAGUUUCACUGGCAGGUUCUCUAACAAGCUACCUUGGAAAGAAACACUUUCUUUUCGCUAUUCAGCUCAACCUAACUCAUCCAAUAUUGUCCAAGACUAUUUAUCCAACACAAUGGGUGAAGAUUUCAAGCCAUUUGGGAGGGUUUACCAGGACUAUUGCGAGGCCAUGAGCACUCUUUCUCUAGGGAUCAUGGAACUCCUAGGAAUGAGCCUAGGCGUAAGCCGAGCUCAUUAUAGGGAAUAUUUUGAAGAGAACGAUUCGAUAAUGAGGCUCAACUACUAUCCACCAUGUCAAAAACCUGACCUUACUUUAGGUACAGGGCCUCAUUGUGAUCCAACUUCUUUAACCAUCCUUCACCAAGACCAAGUCGGUGGACUCCAAGUGUUUGUAGACGACGAAUGGCGAUCAAUUAGCCCAAAUUUCAAUGCUUUUGUUGUUAACAUCGGAGACACCUUCAUGGCACUUUCAAAUGGAAGAUACAAGAGUUGCUUGCAUAGGGCAGUGGUGAACAGCAAAACACCAAGGAAAUCUCUAGCUUUCUUUUUGUGUCCAAAAAAUGAUAAGGUGGUAAGCCCACCAAGUGAAUUGGUGGACACUUUGUGUCCACGGGUGUAUCCGGAUUUCACAUGGCCUAUGCUGCUUGAAUUCACACAGAAGCAUUACAGGGCUGACAUGAAGACCCUUGAAGUCUUUUCUAACUGGCUUCAACAGAAAAACAGCUGAAAUUUCAAACAAAGACAUGGAUGGCCAUGUUGAUGGUGGUCAUUCUGCCAAAGAAAAUGACAUUGAUAAAGAAGAGGAAAAUGGGGGCAGAGGAAGUUGGAGUUUUUCGUUACAGAAAAGUGGUAAAAAGGACAAGGCCAAAGUUGGAGGAAAAGCCUGUUUUUACGUUUUGGGUCUGAUGAAAAAAUAACUUCUAGUGAUGAACAAAAGCAAGACAUUACCUCUUUUUUUUUGUAAAUCACUACAAGUUAGACAAGAGAAAGAGAAGAUAUAUAAUAUAUAUAAAUAAAGAACCAAUAAUGAGCUGCAUUAAUUUAACAGCUAA